AUGGCCGACUUACUGAAGCAGCUUCAAGGGGCCAAACGGAUCUUCAUCAACAAAAUAGACUCUUACUCCUCAAAAUACAUCGCUAAGUAUCUGUCCACGUGCGCCCCUGGAGACUCGUUUGAAGAUGGAGCAGCAGAGCGCUUUCAGACCUUACGGCAAGACGAGCUCCUACAGCGCCUGAUGGGCUGUGACGUUAUUGUGUAUAAUAUCUCAGAAGAUGCCGGAGCGAUUGAUGAAGCGAUGUGGGCCGCUUCAGCCCUCCACAGUGAAAUCGAACACUUUAUCUUUCCAAAGAUGUUCAUUUUGGUGUCAACGUUGAUGACCUGGGCAAGGACUCAGCCCGUGGAUCCUGACGUUCCUGAAAUUCCACUGAAGGAAGAAGACUACAUACGGAAGAGGCCACAUCGAAAGUUCAGAGAACAUGCGAGUGCAGAGAAGCUCAUAUUGAAGUUGGGGAAAACGGACAAGACCAAGCUGCGCACUUACGUUGUCGGUGCAGGGCUGCAGUACGGCAUGGAAGAAGGCAUCUUACACUUCUUCUUUAAGGCAUGUUGGCAUGGUGAGUUGGGCAGCAUCCCGAUACCAGAGCCGAGCAACAACAUCAUUCCUACCAUCCAUGUCUACAAUCUGGCUAGCAUUGUGCAGAACAUCAUCGAUCACAAACCCAAAAUGCACUACUUAAUUGCUGUGGAUGACUCUCACAGUUCUUUGGAAGAAAUUAUAAAGGCCAUUGCGGACGUGCUGGGUCCUGGAAAGGUUCAUAAAGUCCCUAAUGACAGUGUGGAACUCACAGAGGAACUGACGCAAGAAGAUCUGGAUUGCUUAAGUAUAAACCUGAACAUUGAGACAGUUUUGCCGAAGACGAAGCUCCACGUGCGCUGGGUGUGCGAAUCUGGAAUCGUUGAGAACAUCGACCGUAUUGUGGAGGAGUACAGACAGAGCAGAUGUCUUCUACCGGUCAAGAUUUGUCUCCUCGGCCCACCGGCUGUCGGGAAGAGUUCAGUCGCAGCACGACUAUGUAAACAUUACAAAAUCCAUUAUGUCAGCGUCAAGGAGGCAGUUGAAGAGAAAAUAAAACGUUUGGAGGAAGUGCUUGAAAAGAGGAAGGAGACUGAUGACGCCGAGGAAACAUUACAGGCCACUCAGAAGCAGCUCAACGCUUUGAAGGAUAUUCUUUCCCAGAAUCACGGUCAUUCUGAAAACCAGAAUAUUUUGCGUGCCAUCAGAGAGAAGCUUCACUCCAAGCCUUGUAGAAAUCAGGGGUUUGUUUUGGACGGCUACCCCUGUACACACAAACAGGCGAACAACCUUUUCAACGAUAAGGAGAAGAAACAAGGGAAUGUCAGAUCUCUUUUACUGCCACAUGAUGAAAAGAUCAUACCAGAGUUUGUCUUUUCACUCGAUGCCACUGAUGAGUUUCUGAAAGAGCGAGCCCGGAACCUUCCGCAGUCCGUAGCGGAGGAGAUGCACUACACCCAGGACGAGUUUCUGCAGCGACUGUCCAAGUUCAGGGAUACAAACACGAAGGAGGAAACAGUACUCGACUAUUUUGAUGAGCUGGAGAUUCACCCUGAGCACAUCGAGAUCAACAGCGUGAGUGACCCUGAGAAUGAAGCUGUGAUGGAGAAAAUAAUCGAGGCGGUGGGCGAGCCGAGGAACUACGGCCCCACACCUGAGGAGAAAGAGGAGCAGGAGAGGAAACGAGCUGCGGAGGAGCAGCAGCGCCUCAUGCAGGAAGCAGCCGAGCGUGCGCGCAGACAGGCGGAGGAGGAGAUCAGGAUGGCUGCUCUGCUGAAGGAAUGGAAUAAGAACAGGAUGGAGGUGCAAAAGCAGGAGCUUGAGUUACUGGAGGCACGCUCACUUCCUCUGAGACACUACCUGAUGAAGUACGUCAUGCCAGCUGUCCGAGAGGGGCUCAUGGCGUGCUCCCAGGUGAAGCCUGAUGAUCCCAUCGAGUUUCUGGCUGAAUAUCUUUUAAGAAACCACACAGAAGACUAGUCUGCCCUUCAGUGGACCUCCAUUGUUUUAAUGUAAUGGAAUUGAAUUGAAUUGAAUUGAACACAACCCAGUUUAACAACACAGUUUCUUUAAGUAAACACAACUCCAGAAGGAGGUGUCCACUUUUGAGGAAACGGAACAGAUAGUAAAUCGGGCCUGCCGAAGGAGACAGACACCAGAAACUGCUGACACUUCAUUCAGACGCAACAUCUGCUCAAGGCCGUGUUUAUCUGCAGCUGACCUCCGCCUCGCCCUCACACUCACACUACCCACCAGUACUCAUCAUCGAAUUACAACCUGACAUCCGUCCAUCCAAUUUAACACAACUCAAUUUCUUUUCCUUUGCAAAAAUAAAUUUCAGCUUUGUCCCAAA